AUGGAGGAUACUCUCGAUAUUGUAUCCAAGCACUGUGGUCUUCAGGUUAAAUUAUUCGGAGCAUGUCUUGAGCGCAAUGGCGGCAACUGGGAAUCAAACUGCUUAAAGGAAAAAAAUCAACUGACAAAAUGUGCUGAAGAAAAUGUUGGUAAUCUAAAACGAAUCAAACAGGAAUGCUCUGGCGCAAUCGCAGAAUACAGACAGUGUCUAACGGAAAACGUUGAAGAUCCAAAGGCAUGUGUAAAUCAACUGAGAUCGCUCUAUCAAUGCCAUCAAGAUGUGGCAAACUCUGCCUUGUCAUAG